UUCCUAAUGACGUAUUUCGAGAUCGACAUCAUACCUUUGCACUUCAAUAGCAAAUGCAUUACUUUUUCAGAAUGGGUCGCGUUGUUCACACUCUGUUUCGCACCACUAAUAGCUCACCUGGCUUCAGGAGCACCUCCAAUAUCGUAUCUCACCGACCGUCAACUCAAAUGGUACGAUGCCAUCUGUAUUUACAAUCCCACAACUAUCAUUUGGCGCUAUGCUGCCAUUACGGACCGGCGAAUUCGCGCUAUAAAUUGGAGCCGACAAGAUUUUGCGGCUAGUAAUGCGAUAUUCUGGACCUCGAAUGGAUGGGACGGCAGUGAACACAUGGCCUCUGUGACUGCGCAGUACUGCUUGCGAUAUCCGGAAACUACGCACGCAAGGCCAUUUUCAUUGACAAGCUUAAAGACUGUCAUUACGACUCUACAAGGAGUCUCAGCUCUGAUGACUUUGAUCGGAGCCAUUUCUGGGUCUACAAUGCUUGUAGGUCGUGUUGGAUUCGGCGUCGAUACGAUAUUCUUCCCGCUUGCGAUCUUGGGACUCUUGCGACUAUGCGCCGCCCCGUGGUUAACAGCAGACUACGUUUAUCAGGAUUAUGGACAACGGGCCAACUCUGCGUGGGAGAUGACUUCGCGAAGUUCACCGAGGCCUGUCGAUAAAGAUGGUGAGAUCAAUGUCGAUGAAUCUCGCACUGCACUAGACCCAUUACUAGUGUCAAGGUUCCAAUCCGCCGGCUUUAGGUCUCCCGAAUCCUCGUGGGGCAGCCGUACAUUCCGCUUCUUCUUUCUGGGCCUAAUUUGGGGGGUUUGGGUGUUGGCGGUCUUUUGCAUUCUACCAAGUAUAGGUGGUGGAGUCACACACUAUACCACUACUUCUUUCUUACUCAGCUUGUAUUACUUCCUUUUCACCAGUGUAACCGCCAUCACUUACACUUUGUUCUUCUUGCGAGGCAAGACGACAAACACCAUAUUGCCGUGCAUAUCCAGCACAUGGUACAGGCUCUACACCGUUUUGUUCACGGGUCUUAUGAUCGGCCUUAUUGUCAUUGCGAGCAUAGAAACAAACAAGACCAUUGAUGGGAGUUAUACCAGUUGGGAGCCAAUGGAGGAUUAUGGAUGUUUGAGUGCCAGUGAUUGGUGGUUGCUGGGGCCAUCGUCUCAGAUAAUGGGCUUUGCAUCCACGGAGGAGUUGGACAAAAAAUGGCUAACGCAGGAUCAACAAAGCUUGCCAGUGGCGAAAAUCAAUGGAACUGGCUCUUAUGCCCCAGAGAAGUUCUGGUUGUACAAUUUCACGGGCUACUGUUUAGGACGAAUGAACUGA